CUGUGGGUGCGAUAUAUGUGUAAUUUGGAUUGUGUUUUAUUCUUUGUUGAUAACAGAGCGAAUUUUACAAAAAAUCCCCAGAUGGAUUCUGUUGCAUAAUUAUUAUAUGUGGUGCGAUGUUUCUCCGUGAUGUCCAUCAAUGGUAGAAUGCUUGCCUUUGUCCUUUCUAUUGGAUAAGUUUCUUCUCCGUCAAUAAUAUGGAGCAAAAGUGUCAAUUUAUAUUUCACUGUCCUGGUGAUAUUAUGAUCUUUCAGUUUGCAAGAACAAUCUUGUUUGAAUCUAGGGCAGUUGGAACUGAUUGCAUUGGUGUUUUAGCUUUGUGCACUUGCUUAUCCUGGACUGGUCCAAAGAUACAUGGAUGUUCAGUUAUGAAAGUACAAGUCAUGAUGUGUCUACACUUGGGUUUAACGAAAUGGCAUCAUUGAUUUGAUAGUUUUGUAUGGAUAUUGUAUUCAACUCUGUACUUCUCGAUGUCAAUAAUGGUUUUGUAAGGUUUGCUUCUGAAUUGUUCCUUUCUUUGUACUGUGUGGUCGUUGGAUCAGUACUGCAGUGCCAUCCAUAUGUGUAAUUUGGAUUAUACUCUGUUGUUUGUCAACGAUAAAAAUGCUAUUUUUUGUGGCUCGAUGGAUUCUGUUGCAUAUUGGCUAUAUGCGGUACAAUUGUACAGUGUUGGUUUGUGAUGUCCAUUCAAUGUAGAAUGCUUGCAUAUGCCUGCUAAUCUACCAAUUCUUCCUUCAGAAAUGAUAACUAACUCUCCCUCCGAUCCAUAUUAGUUGUUGCUGAAAUGAAUGUAUCUUAGAUGUAUUUCAGUGCUAGAUACAUCCGUUUGAGCGACAACUAAUAUGGAUCGGAGGGAGUAGAACAUGUGCCUGUAAUGCAGGUUAUUUCUCUUAACAUGCGUAUUCCUUAAACUGGCUCACUUGUGUGCUUUCUUCCUUCACCAAAUAGACAUCCAAAACCUCUAAACAGGGUUAUGUUUUAUGAAUGUAAAUGUUAUUUUUCUGAUCUUUUGGUGUUCUUCCGUAAUUUUUCUGAACUUUGGAAGCUGAAUAAAUUUUCAGACAUUUUAACAUGCCAAAUUUGUUCCGGUUGAAAAUCAAUUCGAGUGCAAUUUUCAGAUGUGAACCUCAGAUCAUCUACUGAGUUAUAUGUGUGGGGAACAAAAAAAAGCUAAUUAUUAUUCUGACAUGCUUGGCAGGACAUUUUUCCCAGGCUCAUCUCACCUUCCUCUGGUUUGAGUUUUCACGGAACCCAGUCCGAUGGUGAAUCAUAUCAUCUAGUUUGGAUUUCCUGUAGCCGAAGACCAAUAGAGUCAUAUUUUAUUCUUGCUCAUAGCUUUCUGAACUGAAACAUAGUACUUGGAAAGUGUGAAGCCAGUGAUAGUGAGGAAGAAUAAAAUGGUAGAAGCAGGUAACGUAAGCUACCAGUUCAUUGACUUUGUUGGUUUUGAUGUGCUAACACCAGGUCCAUUAUCACCAUCUGAUUAUUUGAAACUACAAAAUUAUGUCAAGGGGUGCUCUUUGAACGAGUAUUUUCAUAGUUUCAUAACAUGAAUGAACUGUCACUUGUUUUUAUUUUAUCGGUUGUAGCCUAGGCCACUUGCACAUUUCUUAUUGAUUAGAGAGCUAUCCAAAGUGGUUACUGUUUAGUUUUUUAGCAGAUCCAGCUCAAUUCAAUUUAAGAAAAGAUAAGUAGCUGGAUCAGAGCUGUGUACAUGGGAUCAUAUCAAUAGUCUUGUUGACCUGCUGCUUGGAGAGUUCUGCAUCUCAUUUCUCUUGCAAUACAAAACUAGCUCCAACCGGCCUCUCCAGCAACCUUGCAUCCGCCAUCUUUGCCAUGCCGCUCCAGUUUUUCAUCUGUUGCUGCCUUCACCGCGUGUUUACACCUCCAGAAAUCCCUUUGCCGUUUUAACUUGUUUUCAUACAUUGCUGCCUUCACCGACAGUUUGCCCCUCCAGAAGCACUUCUCUUACCCUUUAUUCAUUUCUUUGGGUCAUUCCAUACCCAAAAAGACAACAAGUCAAAAGCAAGAGGGGAAAAAGUUCUUGCUCCUGUUUACCGUGAUCUACCUGUUAAUUUUCUGCUCAUUUCCCCUGAAUAAAUGCUUCUUCAUCUCCUCCUGCAUCCAACUAUCAACUAUCCAGUAGCCACAACCACAACCCCCAUAAAAAGGGAAGAGAGAUAAAAAAAUCCGUCAUUGGAGUUAUUUUACCUGCUUGCCUGUUUAUAUCCUCCUAGCUUUCCCCCAUUUUGUGCCUUUUGUCUUUACACUACCCAAUUCCUUGCAUUCUCAGAAGUCAAGAAGCAGAAAAAUACCCCCCAAAAUUUUGCAAAUCCAUGAUGGGGGUGGCGCUGGUUGGUUUGCAAUUGGCAGCAUCACCGAUCCUGAAGAAGCUCCUCGUGGAUGCUUCAACAUACCUUGGGGUUGACAUGGCGAGCGAGCUCCAUGAACUGGAGACCACCAUCAUGCCGCAGUUCGAGCUGAUGAUUGAAGCAGCUAACAAGGGCAAUCGCAGGGUCAAUUUGGACAAAUGGGUCCAGGAGCUCAAAGAAGCCUUCUACAAAGCCGAAGACCUGCUGGACAUGCAUGAGUACGACAUCCUCGAGCGCAAAGCAAAGAGUGGGAGAGAUUCCUCGCCACCCCGUGCCUCAUCAAUCAGCACUAUUUUGAAGCCUCUGCGUGCUGCUUCUAACAGGUUAUCUAAUCUCCUCCCAAAGAACAAGAAGCUACUUCACCAGCUGAAUGAACUGAAGGCCAUUCUGGUGAAAGGCAGGGAGUUGCGUGAACUUCUUUGCAUACCAGUCGGUAACAGUGCAGAGAGCCCCAUCAUUGUUCCUCAGGCCACAUCAUUACCACCUUUGAAAGUAAUAGGUCGUGACAAGGAUCGUGAUGAUAUAAUAAACCUUCUUACCGAGCCGGCUGCUGUUGAGACCAAUUCAGCUGUAUAUGCGGGUUUGGCCAUCGUCGGAGCAGGAGGUAUGGGAAAAUCCACCUUGGCACAACAUGUUUACAAUGACAAGACGGUACAAGAACAUUUUGAUAUCAGGAUGUGGGUGUGCAUCUCACGCAAACUUGAUGUCCAUCGUCAUACACGGGAGAUUAUCGAAUCUGCAGCUAAGAAGGAGUGCCCACGUCUUGAUAAUCUGGAUACUCUCCAGUGCCAAUUAAGGGUCAUACUGCAAAAAUCAGAGAAAUUCUUGCUUGUAUUGGAUGAUGUCUGGUUUGAUGAUUUGAGUAGUCAGAUGGAAUGGGACCAACUGUUAGCUCCUCUAGUUUCUCAGCACAAGGGAAGCAAAGUUUUGGUAACUUCUCGAUGGGAUACAUUUCCUUCCGCUCUUUACUGUGAAAAGGUGCUCCGUUUGGAAAGCAUGAAAGACGCUCGGUUCUUGGCACUCUUCAAAUACUAUGCCUUCACUGGAGCACAAAUCAGAGAUCCUCCCUUGCUUGAAAGGCUAGAAGAGAUUGCAGAGGAGAUAGUUAAGAGGCUUGGACAGUCUCCUUUGGCUGCAAAAGUUGUUGGUUCCCAGUUGAAAGGGAAAAUGAAUGUCCCUGCCUGGAAAGAUGCUCUGACUUUAAAGAUUGACAACUUAAGUGAGCCCAGAACAGCUCUGCUGUGGAGUUAUCAGAAGUUAGAUCCACGUCUUCAGAGGUGCUUUGUAUAUUGCAGCUUGUUUCCGAAAGGACACAAGUAUAACAUUGAUGAGUUGGUUCACCUGCUGAUAGCAGAGGGGCUUGUUGAUCCAUGCAACCAGAAAAGGAGAAUGGUAGAUGUUGGAAAGGAUUACCUCAAUGAGAUGGUUUCUGGGUCUUUCUUGCAACCAUUUUCUGAAAGUUCUAUGGACACAUGCUACAUUAUGCAUGAUCUUCUUCAUGAUUUGGCAGAAUCGCUCUCUAAAGAUGAUUGCUUCAGAUUAGAAGAUGAUAGGGUGACAGAAAUACCAUGCACUGUUCGUCAUCUGUCUGUUCGUGUUGAGAGUAUGAAACAACAUCAGCGCAGUAUCUGCAGGCUACAUCAUUUGCGCACUGUUAUCUGCAUCGACCCACUUACUGAUGAUGUGAGUGAUCUUUUCCGUCAGGUACUGCAAAACUUGAAGAAGUUACGUGUACUCUAUUUGUGCUUCUACAAUAGUGACAAGCUACCUGAAUCUGUUGGUGAGCUGAAGCACCUUCGGUAUUUAAACCUCAUUAGAACUUCCAUUGCCGAAUUGCCUGGAUCAUUAUGUGUUCUUUACCACCUACAGUUACUUCUGUUAAACCAUAAAGUCAAGAGUUUGCCUCACAAACUCUGCAAAUUAAGCAAGUUAUGGCAUCUCGAAGGGUAUCAUGAUCUGGGAUACAGGAUGUGUGAAGUAGCUCUGCCUCAAAUCCCUUAUAUAGGCAGGCUAACUUCGCUCCAGCAUGUUAAAGAAUUUUGUGUGCAAAAGCAGAAGGGAUGUGAGUUGCAACAGCUUAGAGACAUGAAAGAGCUUGGUGGCAGUUUAAGAGUCAGAAACCUGGAGAAUGUCACUGGAAAGGAUGAAGCCUUAGAGUCAAAGCUGUAUCAGAAAAUUAAUCUGGGAAGCUUGGCCCUUGUCUGGAGUUGCAAUAAUCGCAUGAAUGCAGAUGGUAGUUUACAGUUGGAGAUUCUAGAAGGUUUGAUGCCACCGCCUCAACUGAAAGGCCUUGAAAUCAAGGGUUACAAAUCUGAGAUGUAUCCAAGUUGGUUACUUGAUGGUUCGAAUUUUGAGAAUUUGGAAUCUUUUAAGCUUGUUGAUUGCAGUGCAUUAGAAGGCCUGCCACUCAACACCAAGCUCUUCAGGCAUUGCUCUGAACUGGAACUCGAGAAUGUCUGGAGUCUGAAAACAUUAUCUUAUCUUCCAGCAGCCCUCACAUGCUUGUCAAUUGGCAGUUGCCCACUGCUUACGUUUAUUGCCAGUGAUGAGCUAGAUCUGCAUGAUCAGAGGGAGAACAUCAUGAGAGCAGACUACUUGGCAUCACAACUUGCUUCGAUAUGGGAGGUGGAUUCCGAAUGGGAAAUUAAGAGAAUAUUAACGUCACAACAUUCAUCUCUGAAGCAAAUGAUGACAUUAAUGGAUUCUGAUAUGUCACAUCUUCAAACCAUUGCAAGUGCUGUAGAAAGAGAUAACGACGAGGUAAUACUGACAGAUGAUAUCAUUAAGGCAUGGAUAUGUUGCCAUGAACAGAGGAUGAGAUUCAUUUAUGGAAGAAGCAUCGGCUUGCCAUUGGUUCCACCAUCAGGUCUUUGUCACCUUCAUCUUUCUUCAUGCAGUAUUACAAAUAGGGCAUUAGCUGUUUGCCUUGACGGUCUCACGUCACUGAGAUGUUUGGUCUUAAUGGAGAUCAUGACUUUAAGUACACUUCCAUCACAAGUGGUUCUCCAACAUUUGACAAAGCUCGAACGCCUUCACAUUUCAUCCUGCUGGUGUCUCAGAUCAUUAGGGGGGUUACGAGCUGCUACCUCUCUUUCAGAUUUUCAAUUGUUUGACUGCCCUUCUUUAGACUUGGCAUGUGGAGCAGAUUUUUUGCCAUUAUCUCUUGAGACGCUCCGGAUACGGCGUUGCAUGGUUGCAGCUAAUUUUUUCAGUAGUGUCCUGCCACUCCUGAGGGAUCUUACCAUGUUUGUCUGCAGAAGCUCUGCAUCUUUGUCAGUUGGUCGUCUGACCUCCCUUGAAUCACUAUCACUGGGAGUUUUACCUGAUCUGUGCUCUCUUGAAGGACUGUCUUCCCUGCAACUUCACUCUGUACAUUUCACAGAUGUCCCGAAGCUUGACGCAAACUGCAUUUCACAGUUCCGGGUCCAGAGAUCUAUAUAUGUUAGCAGCCCUGUGAUGCUCAACCACAUGCUCUCGGCUGAAGGCUUUACAGUUCCGCCAUUUCUGUCUCUUGAAGGACUCAAGGAAUCCUCUGUUCUAUUUGAAGAAUCUGCAAAUUUCAAAUCUGUCAAAUGCUUGAGGUUAUUUGAUUGUGAAAUGAGUUCCCUGCCAAUAAAUCUGACGUGCUUCUCCAACCUGAUGGAACUCGAAAUCUUUAGGUGUCCCAAUAUAUCAUCUUUACCAGAUCUGCCAUCCUCCCUCCAGCACUUAGUCGUGUGGGAGUCUGAACUCUUGCAGAAGAGCUGCCGAGUACCUGAUGGAGAAAGCUGGCCAAAGAUUCAGCAUAUCCGCUGGAAGAAAUUCACAUAAUUACAGAAUGACAACUCCAAAGAAAUCGAAAGCAGGCCCACCAUCUUUCCCCUCCGGCGAUCUCGUCUCCACCCACUGCCUGUCAAGAGUUGGAGUGCCUCAAGCUCACUUGCACUUCAGCUCUCUCUACAUUGUCUCGCUGGUGCCGAACUGCCGCCCCCUCGGUUUCCUUCUUCGUCGACCGUUGCAUGCGUCGCUUUUCCACUCUGGACGGCUCCACUAACAGUGUUGGGCCGCGUGUGUACAUAUGAAUCUUUUAUCUGUAAUUAUUGUCGCUAUUUAGUUAUCAACCUAUCAUGUCUUGGCGUGCUACUUUUGAUUGGUGAUGCCUGUGACAGUUAUCUCUUGUGCGCUGAAAUAUCUCUUGUACUUGGAUAUCUUGUGUACUGCUGGAGCGUUACAUUCCAUAAUUCCAUAUUAUAGUUGAACUUC